CGCAAUUUGGAGAAGUACUGUAGCUAGCUAGCUUUGACUGUGCAGAAUUUUAGGUGAAAACUCUCACAUGUUCUGUCCAGAUACUGCAACCCGUUACCGGGAAAGUGAACAAAUAAAUAUGUGUCUGGAUGAUUAAUAUUUUGAAGGUCCUUAUAUAAGAAGAUAUUCACAAUUUAGUCCUAUUUAUUCUGGUAAAGCAGUCUUUGGAGAAGAACAAGGUGUUGUUUUCGCCAUGGAUAUGGAACGACAGAAACGAAGGGAGGAAAUCCAGAAAGCUAUGGGCUUUAUUCAGUCCUCCUUGCCUUUCCCUGAGCCUGAGAAUUAUGCGGCUUUUUUGACCCAGUUGGUGUGUAACUUGCUGGAUGAGGGAAACACAGUGUUUCGGGAUGGGGAAUGGAGGCAGGCAGCGCAGCAUUACAGUGAGGGAGUCAACGUGGCCCGCUAUGCUCAGGCAGAGGCACUGGUCAUUCCCCCUGAGCUCCUGGAGAGCCUCUAUGUCAACAGGGCAGCGGCACACUCUCAGUUUGGGGAGUUUGAGCGGGGCGUACAGGACUGCGAUAGCGCGCUGUGCGUGUGUGAGGGCAGUCGCAGGGCUCUCUACAGGAAAGCUCUAUGUCUGAGAGAGCUGGGCCGACUCAGGGAGGCCUAUGAGUGUGGCACCGGGUGCCUGCUCACUGCCCCACAUGACAGGCAGGUGGGUGAACUGGCCCAGGACCUGGCUAAUAAACUGGGCCUGAAGGUUCGUAAGGCCUACAUCAGCUCCCAGGUGGAGUCCUCAACGUCAGGGAGGGAGAGCAAUAGAGAGAAUUCUUCACCCACAGGAGAGACGUCCGCCAACGGACUAGAAUCUUUGACUGACAUUGCAUCAGUUUUUCUUCGUCCCUCCUCCGUUCCAGCUGAUCUGUCCAGUGCUCAGUGUAUCCCUGCCCCUCUGGCCACGCCCAUCCCUGUCAGCGACGAGCCCUCGAGCCCAGUGGCCAUGCCCUGUGCUGACCUAUCAGAGAGCCCCAGUACGGUCCUACCGCCCAUGCCCUACUCCGUUCCCGUGUCGGAGCACAUGGAGGAGUGCAGCGUGAUCGCUGACGAUCUGGACAGCUUGCUGGGGGACUGCAUCUCCAAGAAAGUCAGCGAGUCACAAAGCCCAGUCCAGGGUGCUAUCCCCACCAACCUACCCAACACAGCUGUGGGUCUGCACCCUCCAUACUCCUCCAGCCUUCCCGCCCCCUCGCCCCAGCUCCCCCCUGCCUUCUUCAGCUCCUCGGUCAGCCAGAUGCCCUCCUUGGAGCCUUACCCCUCACUGGGCCAGAGGGACCAGACCUCCACACAGGCGCUGGACGCCCUGGGGGCCUUCUCCCCGGGGACAGGGGACAUGGAGGGUAAAGGAGGGGUUGGAAUUGGAGGCCUGGACUCACUCUCUGAGUACACUUUGCCUGGGGGAAGAAUCUCUCACAGCUUCAUCCCUGGGAUCUGCAACCACAGCUCCACUCACACGAAUGUCCCAGCAGGUACUAACCUCUCCCUGCUCUCCCGGAACCCACUGGCUGCCACCCACGAGUUCAGACAGGCCUGCCAUGCCUGUUACAGCCGCAUAGGUCCACGGGUGAUUGACUACCAGUACCAGCCAGAGGCGGCUCACCGCUGUAAGAGGGACGUGCUGCUGUGUCGCUUUAAAAACACAGACGACCCCACAUGGAAGAGAGUCAGGCCUCGCCCCGCUAGAAACAACUUCCUCGGGGCCUUUGUGCUCUGCAAAGAGGUCCAGGAGCGCCAGGAGUGCCAGUAUGGGGAGAACUGCACGUUUGCAUACUGCCAGGAGGAAAUAGACGUGUGGACCCAGGAGAGGAAGGGGGCUCUGAGCAGGGAGCUGCUGUUUGACCCGCUGGGAAGCACCGAGAGACGGGCACUCAGCGUCACACGCCUGCUGCAGCUACACAUGGGCAUGUUCAUGUUCCUCUGUGAGGAAUGUUUUGACAGUAAGCCUCGCAUUAUCAGCAAACGCAGCAAAGAGAACUUGGCUGUCUGCUCAAACCUCACCGCCCGACAUCCCUUCGAUGAUAACAAGUGCCUAGUGCAUGUGGUGCGUUCGGCCAACGUGCGCUACAGUAAGGUGCGCCCGCUGCACCCCCUCUGCCAGUUUGACGUGUGUCGCCACGAGGUGCGUUAUGGCUGCCAGCGCGAGGACAGCUGCUCCUUCGCCCACUCCGUCAUAGAACUCAAGUGCUGGGUACUGCAGCAGGACACAGGUAUCACCCACGAGGAGAUGGUACAGGAGUCCAAGCGGCACUGGUACAGGCUAGAGCAAAAUGCUCAGAGACAGAAGCCUAUGCAUGUUCCACACCAGAGCUGUGGUGGGGUGGGGGGAAUAGGAGGGGGAGACAAUCUCGGGGGUGGAGGGGUUGGCUCCGGAGGUGGAGGAGGGAGAGGUAGAGGGCUGAACCUGAAGAUGAAGUUUGUCUGUGGCCAGUGUUGGAGGGACGGACAGGUCAAUGAACCAGACAAGGCCCUCAAGUACUGCACUGCUAAAGCAAGGCACAGCUGGACUAAGGAGCGUCGGGUAUUGCUUGUGAAAUCCUUUGAGAAGAAGAAGUGGGUCGUUGUGCGGCCGCUUCCCUUCUCCCGUACAUACCCACAGCAGUACGACAUGUGUGUCCAUGUGAUGAAGCAGAAGAAGUGCCACUACAUCGGAAAUUGUUCCUUCGCCCACAGUCUGGAGGAGAGGGACGUCUGGACGUACAUGAAGGACAACAGCUUGAGGGACAUGCAGCAGAUGUAUGACAUGUGGCUCACGAUGACCAAUCAGAACAGACGCACUGACAGAAGCCUCAUGACCCCGCCUCCGGAGGAGAAACAGGUUUCGAUGACAACCGACUACACCGAGUCAUUGUCUGGGCAGCGGUUGUCGGAAGAAGGAGAUAUGUGAGUGUUGUUGUGCUGAGGAGGAGCUGGCCCUGGAGACGUGGAUAGGAGACCCCGCUCCCACUACACCAGAGACCAGCUACAGUACCUACCGCCUGUGACAUCAGUCUGAAUGCAAACACACAUACACACACCUUACAGUACAACAAAUUGCUGUUGCAACAGGCACCAACUCGUGUGACACACACACAGAAAGUUGUGUAUAAGAACAUUCACGCCCAUAAUCUGAAGGGUUUGGCAGUUCAAUCUGAACCUCAGUUUAUCUCUAACACGCUGCAGAUGUCAAUGUACUUUAUAUGUGUCCAUUAUAUUACCAUUGAAGGCAAAUAUCGAAUUGUCAGCAAAAAGAAAAGGCCCCAAAGUCGCCCCUUCUAACGAAUACGGAGUGGCUGUGUGGCCGAUACUUCUUCCUGGUGACUAAACAACCGAACAAAUUAGCCUGCAUAAUAUAUAUUUAAAAAAACGUUUUUUGAAGUUCGUUCAAAUCACCCUAGUUUUUUUUACAUUUCAGCUGUUCAGAAAUAUGAGGCAAGUGCGCAGAACGUGAUUCGGUUGUUUAGCUCUGGGAAUGAGGCGCCCAGGGGGGCAGUACAUGGGCAGAAUGGGGUGGUUGGAUUCGGUCGUGCAGCAUCAACCUUAAAAAUAAGCCCCUUAUCUAUGUAGCUAGAGGCAAAUGUCUACAACCAAAUCCUACCCUCCUUCCCUUGUGGGAACGUAGAAAGAGGGAGAGAGAAAUCGGACAAAUGGUUUGUACGCCAUUUUGUUUGUCCAUGGGAGUUGGUGCUUCACUCUAUUCGUCUGCCAUAUUGGUAGAGUAUGAAUGUAAAGCCAGUCAUUAUGAGGAAGUCAUAAAAAUAGUUAUGGUUCUGGAAUGUAUUCGGAAUACCCAAGACAAAUCUUAUAUAACAUUUAAAAUGACCCCCUAUACCCCCUUUUAUUAAUAGAAAUGGCACAGUAGUCUUGGUUAUAUACUGUAAGCAAGCUAGGCAGCCCUACCUGUGGCCAGCAACGACACGUAUACACAUUCACAUAUACACUGAGUAGGCUCAGGAUGGAGCAGUUUCAUAAUAUUGCAUUGGAGGGCUAUAGGGAGUGACUGCAGACUCUUCACUCAGACCCAAUCAAACAACAUACUGUACGCUUAAAACCUUGAGUUUUCACGGACUACAUGAACAAGUCUGCGUCCUCCUAGUUAUAGCCACUCUAUAACAAGGCUCCAGAUGUUAUCCGGGUCAGGUGACGUGACUUCAUCUGGCAUGUCUACAACCAGUUUAACUAGGAUCAAGUGAGGUUACCUUUGCCUUGCUAGCCCUCUAAUGUAAACCUAUGCUGAUUUUAGCCAGGGAGAAAAGAUAAGCUCCAAAUCACAAAGACUGGGUACAGGGACUAUACAUGGGGUUAAGAUGCAUAUGACAGAACAUUAGGGAUUCCAAUAAGGGAUUCCACAAGAAAGGGGAGGGAUUGUAGGGUAGUACAGCAGGAUGGAUCUUGAAUGGAUCCUGGAGUAUGGUGGCUUGGUCACAUGGGUGGUCAGGUCAGGGGAUGGGCACUGGACAGGUAGCUGGAUCCUGGGGUGGGUGGGCACUGGACAGGUAGCUGGAUCCUGGGGUGGGUGGGCACUGGACAGGUAGCUGGAUCCUGGGGUGGGUUGGUGGCUGACAGGCUCGGGUAUUGAAAGAGAGGGAGGGCAUUAUGGAAGCAAUGAUGAAUACAUAAAAAGUAAAUUAAAAGUAAAAUGACUACCCAUAAUGUAGGCUAAAGAAGACUGAUUGUGUGUAUAUAUAUAUAUGUGUAUAUAUAUACACUAACAUUAAUUCACAAAAUAUAUCCAGGCAGGACAGGUUUUUCCCAUAUGGCCAGCAUCUCGUUCCCUUAUACCCGCACCAGACAUUAUGUAAUGGAGGUAUGUGUCUCUUCAUAUACAUUAUAUAUACAUAUUUACAGAUAUUGGUAUACUACUAAAGAUAAUUGAUAACUUAGCAGUUAAGCUUAAUUAAAUAUAACCUAAAACUUGUAUUGAUUACAUAGAACCUCUUGUUAUUGAGCUAUGCUAUAUGACAUGUAUCGCUGAACUAGAUGACUAGUGAUUUUAUUGCUUCUGUGAGGGUCAUUCCAGAGAUGUCUGAAGGAGCAAGGUUGACUGAUUCCCAUAACAGGAUAUGAAUUGAAUGGUUUUAGCUAAGCCAAAAGAAAGGGGAUUGGUUGGGUUAAAUGUCAACAUGAGGGACAUGAUCAUCUCAGAACCCAGACAACAUAUGGUGUGUACUUGCCAUCUGAUGAGAGAUUUGAUCAAUGUGGAAGUAAUGGGUCUGGAAGGGAAAGUGUUACUCAAUUGGAAAGUUUUUGAUCUAAUAAUUUUUUCCCGUUGAUCAAUAAACAAUAGAAUGCCAAGGUACUCCCUUCUAUAAACAUCAGUGAUUUAACAGAUUCACCUAGAUAGUAGAGUAGAUCAAUAAACUGUCCAAUCGGUUUUAGAGGAGUAACAAGAGGUGGGAGAGGCUUCUUCUGGAAUGACCCAGGUAUUUGCUUAACUGAGGGAACGUAUUACUACUGCUACUACUACUAUUAUGAUGAUGAUGAAUUAUGAUGACGAUAAUGAUUGCCAUUAUGACUAUUUCUAUUCUCCUAUAUGCUAUUGAUAUACGUAUAUAUGUUAAUUGCUAUGUAUAACUCUCUUUAUAAAUGUAUCCAUGUAUGAAUAUAAUACUUUACUGUAAACAGACGUAUGUGUAUGUUAAACAGGUUCUGUCCAGCAGGCAGGCCAGACAGGGAAGAGUUCAUAGUUUACCUUGCUCAAACUGGUACGAAGAACAACUCGGUUCAGUUUUACAUUUACAUUUUUACAUUUAAGUCAUUUGGCAGACGCUCUUAUCCAGAGCGACUUAACAUACUUGCUGACUGACCUCACUCCCCGCAAGUUGGUUACAUAACAGGAACACAAGCUAACAUAUCUAGGGUGCCCUGUGAACACUGAUGCUAACAGCAGACAGGUUACUGGACCAGGUUGUUGCUGAAGAUCUGAUUUGAUAUAGUCUUGGUUGCUAGAGGUUAGUGGAUUUAUAGGGGAGUUGAGAUUGUAUGGAAGAUAAGGUUGGUCAGUCAGUCCAAUGGAAUGUGCUAGUGACACUUUGAAUUUCCAAAAGCCAUGUAAAUCGCUAAUGAUUGUUUUCCUGACUGCUACCGAGUGAGAUUAUAUAAUCAAUAAUACUCUAGUAUCAUUUAUUUAGUCAUUAACCCUGCUGGAACAGCUCCAAGCAUAUAUUGACGUCUGUAUACAUCAGUAUAGCACCUUAUUCAAUAUAUAGCUAUAUAAAAGUAUACAUACCCCUAUCAUAUAAUCCUACUUUCUAUGAUACAUAUAACUAUAAUUAUACUUAGACACCUGUAUAAUUAAUUUAGAUAAGCGGUUCUGGUUUUCUCUGGUUGUUUGAAAAGGUCAUAGUCUGAUUUCAUUGGUUAUGUGCACAUCGUACUACAUAAGUCAUUGUAUCUGCUCUGUUACUAGGUUUUAGGGGCCUCCUUUGUCAUCAUCACAGUGUGCUGUUACCAAACAAAGGGGUCAGAGACAGGCUGGCAUUUUAGAAGUGUUCAAUCAACAGCCUUUGUUGUUUUAACUGACUCAUGGUUGUAAACAAACAGUUAAAUCAGAAGGGUCAAUAAUAAUCUCAGGCCUUGUGCUUAGAGGGGACUGGAGGAACCGAAAAGCGGUCAGACCAGACUGUAUCCAAACCCACCAGAGAGAACUGCAUUCGAUCAUGAGACAGACUGAUUCGUCUUGGUUUAAGAAGAGGCUUUGACCCCAAAAAGCUUAGUCAGAUGUUAAUUUCUCCUGUUGUCUUUCCAAGUAGAAGGCUGAAGACACUCUUGUAAACCUUGGUUCACUCCAUGUUCAUUAUUGCGCCACACAGGCAUUCCCUGUAUUAAAAAAAGAGAUACACUUAUGUGAUUUGACACUCACCCAGCCACACCCACCCAUAGCCAUACUCACCCAGCCACACCCACCCAUAGACACAAUGAGCUGAUAUUAAUUUACAGUAGCAUUUAUUGGAUUAUUUUCAACUAUUUGGAAUAGGAACCAGAGUUUUUUAAGUGAAAAACAAGGCCUCUAUUUGUGUUAACUCUGUUUUGUCUUUAUUUUCUCUUUUUUUUUCUGGUUGGAAGUGAAUUACGAUGAUAAAUGGACCAAAUCUCUUGAAGGUGUUUAACAAUAAACAGAGUGUUUUAGA